GCUCUGCCUUCUCAGUUCAGCACUGUUUUCUUCUCUCCCUUCUGUUUCGAAUUAGGGUUAGGGUUUAGUCAUCUAGGCAGGAAGGUUUAGGGUUUAGUCAUCUUGACAGGAAAAAUGCGUCCUCCAAGAGGUGGUGGCGGUUUCAGAGGCAGAGACGGUGGUCGUGGCAGAGGAGGUGGGGGUCGUGGAUUUGGUGGGGGUCGUGGUUUUGGAGGUGGUCGUGGUGGUGGAUUUAGGGAUGAAGGUCCUCCUUCCGAAGUCGUAGAGGUUUCAUCUUUCUUACAUGCCUGUGAGGGUGAUGCUGUAACUAAACUGACACAUUCCAAGAUUCCAUAUUUCAAUGCUCCAAUCUAUUUGCAGAACAAAACCCAGAUUGGCAAAGUCGAUGAAAUCUUUGGCCCUAUCCAUGAAUCUUUAUUUUCGGUUAAAAUGAUGGAAGGCAUUGUUGCAACUUCUUAUGCAGCAGGAGACAAGUUUUACAUUGAUCCAGCAAAGUUGUUACCACUAGAGAGAUUCCUUCCACAACCUAAGGGUUCACAAGCUUCUAGAGGUGGUGGUCGUGGGGGAAGAGGUGGAUCCAGAGGUGGCUUUAGAGGAGGAGGUCGCGGUGGUGCUCCCUUCCGUGGAAGAGGUGCUCCCUUUCGAGGAAGAGGUGCUCCUCGAGGUGGAGGUGGUGGCUUCAGGGGUCGAGGGAGAUUUUAAGGCAGUAAUCAUCUCUUGUAAUCUUUUCUGCUUACUUGUCUCUCUUUAUUCCUUGGUAGUUUUAGGGAAUGAAUUUCUAGAACUUCAGUUUAACAUUGUUUUUUGUAGCAUUACUCCUACUCAUAUCACUGUUAAUGAAGUAAUGUUUCUGUUUAUUGACAAGAUAUUAUUAAUAGUAUAGUUUAUAUAAUUUUAAGUCUUA